AAAGAGUGAGAAGGAGAGAGCUUCUGAAUUCUGAUUCUAAGCAGUCGAACUCGCCUACAGAAAAAAGAUGUUAUCAACAGCAGGAGUCCAAAGAUGCUCACUUGUUCCAGGAAAAACAUCUCAAAUUCGAAUUAUCCCCAAAUCCAAAAACCCGUCAAUUUGUUCAUACCGAAAGAAACCCUUAAGGAUUUCAUCAUGUUCCAGUGCAAUCGGGAAUGAGGAGAGGGAGAAGAUGAAGAUGAAGGUGGUGGUGAAGGCGAUGGAGAGGCCGCGGCUAGUGCUCAAGUUCAUCUGGAUGGAGAAGAACAUCGGAAUCGCCGUGGACCAGCUGAUUCCCGGCGGCCACGGCACGAUUCCGGUGAGCCCCUACUAUUUUUGGCCAAGGAAGGAUGCGUGGGAGGAGCUAAAGCUCAUGAUGGAGGCCAAACCCUGGAUUUCCCAAAAGCAGAAGGUCAUUUUGCUCAAUCAAACCACUGAUAUCAUCAAUCUGUGGCAGCAAACUGCCCAUUCUUGACCCUAUUUCUUAAUUUCUAUGUUGCUGGGGAUAAAUUUAAUAAUGAGAAGUUGUUUGCUGAAUUGGAAUUUAGAUAAAAAUUUGGAAAUUGCUGGUUUCGGUUAUCCCAAUGUUAAAUUCUGGACGAUGGUUUUCUCUUCA